AUUAUAGCUCUGUUAUCGUUGUCUUCAUGGCUUUUUAUCAACUUAUAAGUGGGCCAUUAGUGAGUAGAGUCAAUAGCAGAAUGUCUGACAAAGGUCUGAGGUAUCUGAAAUGUUAUAACUUUUUUGAGUUUGGCAAACUUGUCUUUUGUGAUUUUGGGGAAGAUUUUAUCUAUGCCAUUGAGGAGCAGAGAAGGAGGGGCCAGUCACCCAGCUACACAGCAAGCCACGGAAAAAGAGCUCGAAUAGUAAGUGGCAAUGAUUUGGAUGCUUCCAAAUUCUCUGCACUCCAGGUGUUCAGUGGGGCUGGGCAUGGACUGUAUGGAAUAGAUAGCAUGCCUGAUCUCCGCAGGAAAAAGACAUUGCCUAUUGUACGGGAUGUGACCCUGGCUGCCUGGAAAUCUGGCCUGUCACUUGCUAUGGUCAUCAGGACAUCAGUGAACAAUGAAGAGCUGAAAAUGCAUGUCUUCAAGAAGACCUUGCAGGCAUUGAUUUAUCCCAUUUCUUCUACUACACCACACAACUUUGAGGUCUGGACAGCCACCACACCCACCUACUGCUACGAAUGUGAAGGGCUGCUGUGGGGCAUGGCAAGGCAAGGCAUGAAGUGUCUGGAGUGUGGGGUGAAAUGUCAUGAGAAGUGUCAGGACCUCCUCAACGCUGACUGUUUGCAGAGAGCUGCAGAGAAGAGCUCGAAGCACGGAGCUGAGGACAAGACUCUGACCAUCAUCACAGCCAUGAAAGAAAGAAUGAAGAUCAGGGAGAGAAACAGGCCAGAGGUGUUUGAAGUCAUUCAGGAAAUGUUCCAGAUAUCCAAGGAGGAUUUUGUGCAGUACACAAAGGCCGCCAAGCAGAGCGUGCUGGAUGGGACCUCUAAGUGGUCAGCAAAAAUAACCAUUACAGUGGUUUCUGCACAAGGCUUGCAGGCAAAAGACAAAACAGGAUCCAGUGACCCUUAUGUGACAGUUCAAGUUGGCAAAAAUAAAAGAAGAACGAAAACCAUCUUUGGAAACUUGAAUCCGGUGUGGGAUGAGCGGUUUUACUUUGAGUGUCAUAACUCGACGGAUCGAAUCAAGGUCCGCGUAUGGGAUGAAGACGAUGACAUAAAAUCCAGAGUUAAGCAGCACUUCAAGAAGGAGUCAGAUGAUUUUCUGGGACAGACAAUUGUGGAAACUCUCAGAAGGACUCUCAGUGGCGAGAUGGAUGUCUGGUACAACUUAGAGAAACGGACAGAUAAGUCAGCUGUGUCUGGGGCCAUCCAACUGAAAAUCAAUGUGGAAAUAAAGGGAGAGGAGAAGGUGGCACCAUACCAUAUACAGUAUACCUGUUUACAUGAGAACCUGUUCCAUUACUUGACUGAAGUGAAGUCUAAUGGCCGUGUGAAAAUACCAGAGGUCAAAGGUGAUGAAGCCUGGAAGGUUUUCUUUGAUGAUGCUUCUCAAGAAAUAGUGGAUGAAUUUGCCAUUCGUUAUGGGGUUGAAUCCAUUUAUCAAGCUAUGACGCACUUUUCAUGUCUGUCUUCUAAGUACAUGUGCCCGGGUGUCCCUGCAGUCAUGAGUGCCCUGUUGGCGAACAUCAACGCCUUCUAUGCCCACACAACUGUCUCCACUAAUGUGCAAGUUUCUGCCUCUGAUCGCUUUGCUGCUACAAACUUUGGGAGGGAAAAAUUCAUAAAACUACUGGACCAGCUGCAUAACUCUUUAAGGAUUUACCUGUCGAAGUACAGGGAAAACUUUCCCGCUGGCAACAGUGAGAGACUGCAGGACCUGAAGUCCACUGUGGACCUGCUAACCAGCAUCACCUUCUUCAGGAUGAAGGUUCUGGAGCUGCAGAGCCCACCAAAGACCAGCGCGGUAGUGAAGGACUGUGUCAGGGCCUGCCUGGAUUCUACAUACAGGUAUAUCUUUGACAAUUGCCACAAACUCUAUUCUCAGCUGAUAGACCCGAGUAAGAAGCAGGAUGUUCCUCGGGAAGACCAGGGACCGACCACCAAGAACCUGGACUUCUGGCCACAGCUGAUUACUCUGAUGGUCACUAUUAUCGAUGAGGAUAAGACUGCCUACACCCCUGUCCUCAAUCAGUUUCCUCAAGAACUAAACAUGGGAAAGAUAAGUGCCGAAAUCAUGUGGUCUCUCUUUGCCCUCGAUAUGAAAUAUGCUCUAGAGGAACAUGAGAAGCAGCGGUUAUGCAAGAGCACCGAUUAUAUGAAUUUGCAUUUCAAAGUGAAAUGGUUUUAUAAUGAGUAUGUACGAGAACUUCCUGCCUUCAAGGAUGCUGUUCCGGAAUAUUCCUUGUGGUUUGAGCCUUUUGUCAUGCAGUGGCUAGAUGAAAAUGAAGAUGUGUCCAUGGAGUUCCUUCACGGAGCACUGGGAAGAGAAAAAAAAGAUGGAUUCCAGCAGACAUCAGAUCAUGCCCUCUUCUCUUGUUCCGUGGUUGAUGUCUUUGCUCAGCUUAAUCAGAGCUUUGAGAUCAUUAAGAAACUGGAAUGCCCCAAUCCUGAAGCCUUAUCUCACUUAAUGCGAAGGUUUGCCAAGACCAUCAAUAAGGUUCUGGUCCAGUAUGCUGCCAUUGUAUCAAGUGAUUUCAGCUCGUACUGUGAUAAGGAGACUGUGCCCUGUAUCCUGAUGAACAACAUCCAACAAAUUCGAGUCCAGCUGGAGAAAAUGUUCGAAUCCAUGGGCGGGAAAGAGCUAGACCCUGAAGCCAGCACUAUUCUAAAAGAACUUCAAAUUAAACUCAACAGGGUUCUGGAUGAGCUCAGCGUCACUUACGGAGAUUUCCAACUUGUAAUUGAAGAGUGUAUAAAGCAGAUGGGCAUUGAGCUAAAUCAAAUGAGAGCAAAUGGAACCAGCACAGCGAAUAAGAACAGUGCAGCAAUGGAUGCAGAGAUUGUUCUGAGACCACUCAUGGACUUCUUGGAUAAAACAUUAAGUCUUUCAGCAAAAAUCUGUGAGAAAACGGUCCUGAAGCGAGUUCUGAAGGAACUCUGGAAGCUAGUUCUUAACAAGAUAGAGAAGCAGAUUGUUCUCCCUCCGCUGACAGACCAAACAGGGCCUCAGAUGAUUUUCAUUGCAGCUAAAGAUCUCGGUCAGUUAUCCAAACUGAAGGAGCACAUGAUUCGAGAAGAUGCCAAGGGGCUGACACCAAGACAAUGUGCAAUAAUGGAAGUGGUCUUGGCCACCAUCAAGCAAUAUUUCCAUGCUGGAGGAAAUGGCCUGAAGAAGAAUUUUCUGGAGAAAAGCCCAGACCUUCAUUCCCUGAGAUAUGCUCUUAGCCUCUACACACAAACUACUGAUGCUUUUAUCAAGAAGUUCAUAGAGACACAAAGCUCACAGAGCAGCCCCUCAAUCCACCUCCCCACUGCCAAGCAUUUCAUCUGGUGUGGAGAUCUGAAAUGA